GGUAAGCCUCAAGCACAUGUGUUUCUGCAUGCACACAUGCUCAUUCUUGUUUAUGUGUUAGUGAGCGUUUGCCAGUGUGAGCAUGGUAUGCAAAUGUGGGUGUGCGCAAAUGAGUGUGUUAGUGUGAACCAGGGAGGAGAUACAGGCAGCGACCCACCAGAGCUGUGAGGAGUCCUUUUGAGUUGGUUAAUUAUUGGUGGCCAGAGACAAGAAACGUGUGUAUUUUCAGAAAUGCGUGUCUGUCAUUUGGAGAGCAUCUUCAAAGCAUUUUGUUAACAGGUAUGUGCAACUGUAUACUUCAAGUAUUCUGUGUAGUUCUGUUGAAUUUGAAAUUAUUGCACACAUACAUGAAACCAAUCAGGUAAAUGAUUACCACAGUAGAAAACAACUGUGAUAUCAGAAAUUACUCAUCUAAGCCUGUAGAGACCAGAUUUUACUUCAGUUACUUCUUGCCACAGUGACUAAAGCAUAUCAAAGUAAGUGACUGUAAAAUGUGCAAAGAACUAUGUCAGCAACCAUUAGAUAGCAGCAGAACUAAUUCUAAUUAGGGAUGAAGUUGGCUGCAUUUAUUUAAAUUCAUUUGCAUUUUUGUCAAAUGCCCUUAGAUCUUAAACUACCUCAGGACACUGCUGACCCCAAAAAGGAGGGCAAGUUUAUAUGUAAGGCCUGUCGCAGAUGUAUUUUUAAUGAUGAUCAUGAUUUUGCUGUUCUUUUGAUAAAGUGAGCCCCCUUUGUAGAUAAUGAGCAAAACAUAAGCCUGUUAUGUAAUUGAGUUUUAAUCCGCAAUUUCUUGCAACCUUACUUAACCAAAUGAGAGAGCUGGGGAAUCUUUGGUUAAAUUCUGCAAACUUGCUCUGUUUAGAAAAUAAAUCAAAACAGUCACAUGUCGUAAUAGAUAUAUAAUGCCAUUAGUUUGUUGAAGCAAAUGUGCACAAGGGAAAUAUCUCAUUAGGGUAUGCCCGAGUUUACACUCAAUGAAGUCAGAUCACAUUAUCAUGCCUCAAUAUAAAUGGGGUUUUUGUUUCACUACUGUAGCGUAGCAGGAUCAUUGUAUUAAUCGAUUUAAGCUUGUUUUCAUCCAACCGAAUUAGCAGGUGUGGGUGAAUAAAACUGGUUAAGCAGAGAUUUGCAUUAGAUUGCUUACCAGCGCUUGUAACAGUACAACGGCCGCCUUCUCACUAACAAAAUGCUAGUUUUCAUGCCUUGUUUCACAGGGAAAUUCAUGCAUGUGAACUUUCUGCCAAUGAGUGAUAUAUUAUGCUUCAUUUAUGAACUGCAUAAGAAUGAAUCUGUCAACAUGUGUUCAGGUCUGAACAAUGGUAGUAGUUUGCGUAGGUAACAUCUGAACAUAUAUUGUGUUCUCUGCUCGUUUUCUGUGUUUUGGGUCUGUAAAGCUUAAUUAAUGAGCUGAAGUUUUCUCUAUUUUUUUCUCAUUUAGGCAAAACCUCAGUGAUAACUUUGUGGGAAUGCCAACUGCACGAACCCCAGAAGACAGACAGCAGCCAGGGUAUAUUUAAUUACAGGCACUGAAUGGAGUCAGUGGCAUAUUGCACUCUAAUAAGCUGUUAUAUGUCACAGCACAGAUAUGUUCAUGUAUACAUAGGUCAGGAAACAAGCUGUUUUAUGUGAAGCAUAUUUAUAUUUUUAGAAGAGGAAACAACUUUUAAAUGUCGGCAGUUCACUGGGUGAAGUACAGGUGGAGUACACAAUUUUACUAAAUACAGUGACUAUUUGCAACUGAUGAGUGGUUCCUCAAACCAACCAUUGUUGAUUGCAAAUAGUGUCUGUCAUAGUGCUCAUGACUCACUGUUCCCAGACCAUUCUUAUCCUAAUUUACCCACAUUAGGCCACAUUGUUCUGCUGUGGUAUCUACAUGUUCUACCAUUAUUAUCACCACAGUGUUCCCCAUUCUUUCUGCUAUGUCAUGCUGUCAGUCCUUAUUAUCUCCACAUGGACCAGGAGAUGUGUUGUCUAUUUAUCUAUCUAUCCUAUCUGUCCCAAUUCAUCAGAUAGUAGUCAUCCCAGUGCUGUGAUCUACAUUCCCCUUAAUGAUCACUCACAGUGUUGGAGUCCAGCCUGGUAAGAGUGGCUUGGCAAGGAUCACAGUGAAUGGGAAUGGGAGCUUGUCAGAAUGCUGGCUGAACAGAAGACAACAUAGGAGUUUUGUGUGUGUGUGUGUGUGUGUGUGUGUGCGUGUGGUGUGUGUGUGCGUGUGCGUGUGUGUGUGUGUGUGUGUGUGCGCAUAAGAGAGGUAUAGGGAGGGCAAUAAUGUUGAUAAUGGGCAAGUGUGAAAUAGAAAAUAGUGUGUGUUAAAGAAAAAAGAUAUAUUGGAGGAGCUGGACUCCCCUUUAGUCAGUAUACCCUGCAGCCAAUCCUAUUGUUGUUUCAGAUUAUGUGUGUGUCUGUGUGCGUGCGUGUGUGUGUGUGUGUGUGUGUGAGCCAUUCCCCAGCCUGUAAGCUGAUUAAAGGAAGGUGUGUUCAGCAGAAAACUUCAUACAUUGCACAGUGGAGUAGAACUACUACCAUACAGCCAAAGCCAAGCACAGUGUUAUAAACAGACUGCCUGUCAUACAAUAACUAGAGCACUCAGUAUGCCAUUAAAAUGAUAGGGCAUGAAUGCACUGUGCGCUAACUGGAUCUUUGCUGCUCUAAUCCUGCACCAGCCACUAUACACAAUUUGCUUUGCACAAAUACUCAGAUGGGUGACAAAUUAAAAGAAAGACCAACAUCAAGUGUCAUAGUAAUCCUCCAGAACAGCAUCAGUGCUCCUUGGCAUAGAUUCUCCAAGUCUCUGAACUCUGCUGGAGGUAUUACAACCAUGCUUCUGAAAGAUUUUCCCUCAUUUGUUGACGGUGGUGUCUGACAAAUCAUUCCAAAAUCCCACAGACAUGGUUAAUUGUGUUGAGAUGUGAGGACUGAUAGGGCAAUGGCAUCUAAUUCAUACUCAUUAAACCAUUUUUUGAUCUCUCUAUAGCUGCAUUUAUUUUGUUUCUCCACUUACUUAAUCAGAUUUUCCAUUUAUUUUGUGAUCCACCUGAUGGCUAAAACUUAAACAAAAGUUGACAUUAUAACUCAUAAAGAAAACAAAAAGGAAAGGCCUGUCGUGUAAAUGUAAAUGUCAUUUGCCUAGAAAAAGAAAUUAGUUGUCUUUUCAGAAUUUAUUUUAAAAUGUGUGUUCCUCUCCGCUAGCUGUAGCAUUGCAGUACUGGUUGAAUGAGGUAUGAAAACAGCAAUGAAAACAUGUCUGCAUAGCACUUACCAUUUGAGAACUAUUUCACAGUAAAUGUCACAGUGAAUACAGAUGCGGAUUCAUUCCCUUGGUAAUAUAAUAGUUAGUCAUUUCAUCAGCACAGAAAUAAUGGGAUAUAAAGUGGGUGGCCAUGUUUGUUGUUGAACUCUGUUGUCCCUCUCUCCCCUUUGUGUUCUUCUGCUUUCUCUCAGGCUGACUGGCUGGAAGCCGAACAUCCUCACUGCUCCAAACGGUUUUAGAUCAGCAGACUUGUCACCAUGGCAACAAAGCCUGUGGCCUGGCAGGGACAGGGUCCUGUCAACUCACUCGAUGAGUGGGUCAGUGAGUCCUGGGCACAGGGUGAAGUGGGUGCAACUGUGAGCCACAGCUCCCCUCUGCAAGACAAAAAGGCUCCCAGGGCAGAACCUGAAGAGGACAUAGAUGUCCUGGAACCUGGAGCUCAAGACGAAAAUCUGCAGGAGAACCGAACACUCUCAAGAACCGAAAUAGCUGAAGCAACCAAAUUGGAAAAUCAAGAAUCAACAAACCCCGGAGAGACUCGAGAAGUUGUGACAGAAUUAGAAGGAGCUCCCAAACAACUAUCGGAAGUAUUACAGGCUCAGGAGGGAUCUGAAAAGCCUGCUGAAGUAUGUGAGGAGGCUUUCCCACCACCAUCACACCCUCCCCUCGGCUGCUUUGAAAAAGAGGUCUUUUCCAGCCUAGAGGGUGAGGUGGCUGAGUGGAUCACUGAUGUUGAGAUCAUCUCGGACCCUGCAGAAGACCUCAUGUCUCCUGAUAAAGAAUGGGCACAAACAACUCAGCUCCCUGAGCUAGUUGAUCAAGAGAUAGAUUCAACGUCUGAGGAGAUGACAGAAGAUAAUAUGACAACAGAGGAGAAUGACACACAGCUGCACUUCUUACCAGAUGAUCCUGGCUACUCUGAACCUGAAGAUAAUAUGUCAGGGCCUGCCAACCAUUCUCCCUCUGACGUUAACAAGUCAGAUGAUGUAUAUAGUCUGUGCUCCCCUCCCUUUGCUGAUGAAAGUGAGGAAGAAGGGGAGGUGAGCAUGGAUAUUACAUCUUGCCAGCAGCAAUGGGGUACACUAGAUAUCAGAAGCAAACCUUUCCAACCCUCAUAUUCUGCCAGUGUCUCAGUUUCCACUGAUCAAGACCAAACCUCAGCCCUGCCUGCAGUUCCCUCAGCCAAACAGCAGGGGGAGCUGUUGUCCCAAAGCCAAUGUGGACUUGCCCCCAGGGGAGCAAACCAGGAAGCUGCACAACAGGUGCAGGGCCAGGGCUCUCCACCUUUGUCAACCGUUGCCAUGGAGCUGUCCAGUCAGGGCGGGGCAACUUCUCAAGCUUUUGGUUGUGCUGUAGCUGUGAGAGAAAGGCACAGUAGGGCGGGGGAAGGAAAGGAGCAAACAGGUGAAAAGGAAGGGCAGAAAGAGUGUGGACUUGAAAGGAGCAGGGUGGUAGGGAAGCAACAUGGCAGAGGACUGUUAAGAUAUUCAAAAACAGUCCACAUACAGGAGCGUGAGACAGAAAAGUACAGCUGUGGUGUGGUUUUUAAACACAGCAGUAUGGAGAGUGACUCAUGUGAUGAUAGCCAGAGUGACAGUGGCGUGUCAACGGACUUCUCACCAUGCGGCACUAUGGAGGGCAACACCAAUGUCUCUACAGGUACUCCAGCAACUGCACCCAAAGAGACUCCCAUUGAGAGGGAGAUCCGACGGGCUAUAGAGCGUGAGCACAGCCUGAGAAGAUCCAGAGGGCUUCCGAAUCCACCCACGUCCCCAGAGUAUGUAGAGAUUCCUUUAAGAAAAACUGUUCUCUGCCAGUCACUCGAUUCUAAGUCUGAAAGGUGUCAAGGUAAAGACAGGCAGUUUGCAGGCAAAAAAAUGCAGCAUGAGAUCCACGAGGAGGUCCAGAGGGAAGAGGACCUGGUCAAGCUGGGGAAAGUUCCAGGAUUCUAUGACAAAGGCACAGUUCGCCAACUCAGAGAGAAGAAACAGCUCUUUGAGGCCUUUCAGAAACCCAGUGAUUCGACCAGGAGUAAAACCACUUCCUGGUCCUCAGCCAUUGACAUUUCAACCCUGGAGAACCAGGAGGAUAUCUCAUCACAGACAUCCACCAUAGGAGGCUUAAAGGUGGAGAAGAGACAGAGUAUAGACCUGCAAAGGCCGACAGAGAGCCCCAACUUAGCCAAAGGAGGGAGCUCGACCAACGCAACUCCCCAAGGAGCAGGCUUCUCCAAGGGGUCAGGUUGUCAGGUCAUCAUUCUGGAGAAUAACCUGAGUGUCCCAGCGCAGAGGCUCUACCAUGCCAAACGAGAGGUAGAGCCUGUCACCACAGUCGACUCUGGAAGACCAAACAUCUCAUCAUCUGGGACGGGAGGACAUGCUGGGAUUAACGGGAGAAAGCAGGAAAAGGAGGAAGAAGAGGAGGAGGAGGAGGAGGUAGCACCCAAAGAGAACCCCUUUUUCAAGCUACGUUCCUCAACAAAUUUAGUUAAAGUGGAGCAGGAUAUCCGGGAGGCUCAAGAGAGGGAGAAGGAGCUUCGCAAACAGAGGAUCAGCCUGUAUGGGGGGACAGGGGAUGCAAAGGGAGGAGGUGGUGGUGGAGGAGGUGGAGGAGGAGGGCGGCCAGCCAGUAUUGAAGGAAAGAGUCCCACAUUGUCUUCCUCCUCAUUGAAUGGACUGGCUGUUCCUAACUCACCUGGCUCAUCACCCAGGUGGAGAACUGGACCCUCAGCAGCACACCAGUCAGUUGGCAAGUUCGGCGUGUGGCCUCCGGCCCGGGCUGAGGGGGAGAGCGAUACCCAGCAAGAGGUCCUCCAGAGUCCCCGGACCCCUAGGCAGAAGACCCCUCUAAUCCAGCGCUGGGAGUCAGGCCUCAUCAAUGGACACAACACGGAAGACGACUGAUGAGGCGCUGACGGCACAAACUGGAGGGAGGGAAGGAGGUUUACAGAGACCUGUAGUUUUUUGAAGUGGAGGGCAGAAAGACUGCGAGAUGAAAGAGGAGAGCUGUGUAUGGAAAGUGGGAACAGGCUAGAGAAGGGAGCAGUGAUGAAGAGGAGGAAAGAGAGAGAAUGUGAAGUGAGAAAGAGGUCAGGGAUUUAGGCUAGAAAGGGGGUCAGGAGGAUUGGGAGCAAGGAAAAGGAUUGGUGGUGGACUGAAAACCCUGAAGAGUCCUUCAGCGAGGAGGAGAGAAAAAGGAGGAGGAGGGCCACCUAUUAGUGGAUAAGUACUUGGCCUGUUUCUGGUGCUGGAAACUCUGAGACUAAUGAACGUAAAAGGCAAAAAAUAAUAAUAAUAAUUCUGUACUGGAGAAAAGAAAAAUGUAAAUUUAGUAAGAAUGGGAUUUUAAAACCUUAAUGAACUUCUUUUCCUGAGUUUUUUUUUUUUUUUUUUUUGAAUGAUAAAGAGUUAUUAUUUGUUGAUGAAAAUAGAGUAGUACAGUAUCUGAUGCUGAAAAAGCUUGGAAGGUGUCAUCACCAGUUUUAUUUUUUUAAUGAUGUCUUACACUGAGUUACCAGGUUAUUACACCUGUACAAUCUAAUGCAAUCCAAUCCAAUGCAAUAUUUACAUAUAUGAAGAGGCAGAACGGAAUAACUCUCACAACUGAAGACCAGUCUAACUUCAACACCAAAAACACCCCUAAACUGGUAACUCAGUGUGUAUAGGCCAGUGAUAUAAAGUAUUGCACUGGUCUUAAUCCAUGAAUAGCUACGCAUUUUGUUAUUUUCAUGUAUCACUACUGAAAGCUGGAUUAUCGUGCAAUAAGGAUCCAUUUUAAUAAAGUGCAAAGCUGAUCUGAACUGAGCUGGAUGAAGCUACAUAAUACAAAUCUAAUGCUUAAAUAAUAACUGCUCUGUUGUAAAAUUUGUAUCAUGCUGUAAUAAAUUAUGUACUUUGGAAUGAAACUUGUUAGACACACAAA